GGGGAUAUAAAAUGAAGGAACUCUGUCAUGCAGCACUUUUGAGUUCAUAUUUUGAACGUCAUCAGCUUCAUGCCACAUUAAUUAGACUCAUAGUGUAUUCUAAUCACUCGAAAACAAGCGAGAGCGUUUGUGUCUCACUGCAAUCUCAAAAUAAUUCCUCACCCGGUCUCUUUGGCACUUCUGUCUGUAGCGCGAACCUCACAGCGCAGCCAUGGCCGGCGACGAUCAGCGGGCGCUACAGUAUGAACAAACUUUGAUGUAUGGUCGCUACACACAGGAGCUGGGGGUGUAUGCAAAAGAAGAGGCAGCUCGCCUGAGGGAAGAGGGGGGGCGGAGGCGCUCGGUCACAGAACGCUCACGCUCCCUGGAACUCCUUGAGUACGACAAGGGCCGCUGCGCCAAGUGUCGCAGGUCAGGGUAUCCCUACACUCAGGCUCCACCCCGGGACUUUCUGUCUGUCUGUACGUUGCGCUGUCAGAAGUUCCUCAUCUCUCGUGUUGGUGAAGACUGGAUCUUCCUCAUCCUCCUCGGUCUACUCAUGGCUCUGGUCAGCUGGGUGGUUGACUUCGCUAUCGCCAUCUGUCUACAAGCACAGAAGUGGAUGUACGGAGGCCUGGAGAGUAAUGUGUUUCUCCAAUACCUGGCCUGGGUCACCUACCCUGUGGUGCUCAUCACCUUCUCAGCUGGCUUCACACAGAUACUGGCCCCACAGGCCGUAGGUUCAGGUAUCCCAGAGAUGAAGACCAUUCUGAGGGGUGUAGUGCUGAAAGAAUACCUCACCUUUAAAACCUUUGUGGCCAAAGUGAUCGGCCUCACCUGUGCCCUGGGCAGUGGCAUGCCUCUGGGAAAGGAGGGUCCGUUUGUUCACAUUGCCAGUCUGUGUGCAGCACUCCUCAGCAAGUUCAUGUCUCUGUUUGGUGGAAUCUAUGAGAAUGAGUCGAGGAACAUUGAGAUGUUGGCAGCUGCUUGUGCUGUGGGGGUCGGCUGCUGUUUCGCUGCCCCUAUUGGAGGUGUGCUGUUCAGUAUUGAGGUAACAUCUACGUUCUUUGCGGUGAGGAAUUACUGGAGAGGGUUCUUCGCUGCUACCUUCAGUGCCUUCAUCUUCAGAGUCCUGGCUGUGUGGAAUAAAGACGAGGAGACCAUCACAGCUCUGUUUAAAACCCGUUUCCGUCUGGACUUCCCCUUUGACCUCCAGGAGCUCCCAGCCUUCGCUGUCAUUGGUAUUGCCAGUGGUUUUGGCGGUGCAUUGUUUGUCUACCUGAACAGACUGAUAGUCCAGUUCAUCAGGAAACAGAAGACCAUCAACAAGUUCCUCAUGAAGAAGCGUCUGCUGUAUCCAGCCCUGGUCACUCUGCUGGUGUCUACGCUAACAUUUCCCCCCGGCUUCGGACAGUUCAUGGCAGGCAAGCUGACCCAGAAGGAGUCCCUGGUGACGUUGCUAGACAACCGGACAUGGGCUAAGCAGGGCAUAGCCGAGGGGUUUGACUACAUCGGCAACUCCCAGGCCUGGAAUCACCCCCAGGUCAAUGUCUUUGUCACCCUCGUCCUCUUCAUCGUAAUGAAGUUCUGGAUGUCUGCUCUGGCCACCACCAUUCCUGUGCCAUGUGGAGCCUUCAUGCCCGUCUUCGUCAUUGGGGCAGCGUUUGGCCGUCUGGUCGGGGAGAGCAUGGCUGCCUGGUUCCCUGAUGGCAUCCACUCUGAUGGCACCAUCUACCCCAUAGUGCCAGGAGGGUACGCCGUUGUGGGUGCGGCAGCCCUGUCUGGAGCGGUGACCCACACGGUGUCGACAGCGGUCAUUGUGUUUGAGCUGACGGGUCAGAUCAGCCACAUCCUGCCGGUGAUGAUAGCGGUAAUACUGGCCAACGCCGUGGCCCAGUCCCUCCAGCCCUCGCUAUAUGACUCCAUCAUCAGGAUCAAGAAACUACCCUACCUCCCUGAGCUGGGCUGGGGACACCACGAGAAGUAUAAUAUUCGUGUGGAGGACAUCAUGAUCAGGGAUGUGACCUACAUCACCCUCAACUGCUGCUACAGAGACCUGCAUGAUGUACUGCUGGCUGGACACCUCAAGACCCUGGCCCUGCUCGAGUCCAGUGAGUCGAUGAUCCUGCUGGGUUCUAUUGAGCGUGCCCAGCUCCAGGCCCUCCUGUCCCUACAGCUGGGCCGGCCACGGAGACUGGAGUACCUGAGAGACCGGGCUACUGCUGAGAAGAAGCGCUUGUCGAUGGUCUCCCAUCCGGGCAGCGAGGACGGCUCCCAGAGGGUUAACCAGGAGGUCCGGUUCCAAAUCUCGACAGAGGAGUCUACCUUCAGUCCCACCCCUACACCCUCUAUGAAGCCACUGAAGCCAGCCCUGAAGAGACCCUCUGUGGUGGACCGCCCCACUGGGAUACCCAUACCCACAAGUCCACAGGACCACUCUAGCAGCACCUUAAAGAAUCUCUUCUGUGUCAACCCCGAGACAGAGGGCCUGGAGAACAAGAAUGUCAACAUCAACAUAGAGGGCACUGCGACUCCUGAGUUUAGGAGGCCACCCAAGCGUGUCCGGAUAUCCGUCGUGGAUGACUUCGAUGUGGAUGAUGACAUGACCAUCAGAGAGAUUGCAGAGUGGGAGGAGAACCAGCUUGACGAGCAGGUGAACUUUGACAACUGCAAGAUCGACCCUGCCCCCUUCCAACUGGUGGAGCGCACCUCAUUACAUAAGACCCACACCAUCUUCUCUCUGCUUGGGUUGGACCAUGCCUAUGUCACCAGCAUCGGACGACUCAUUGGAGUGGUGUCCCUCAAAGAGCUGCGGAAGGCCAUCGAGGGCUCUGUGGCGGUAAAGGGGGUGAAGGUGCGCCCCCCUCUGUCCAGUUUCCGGGACAGCGGCACCAGCGGCACCAGCAGCAGCAAUAGUGAGAACGAAGCCACAGAGCUCCACAAGCUGUGGGACCGUCACAAGUCCAUGUCCCUCCCCCGGGAGCACCUGGCCUCCGACUCUGAUGAGAAGUCCCAGUGAGGGGGAUGGGGACAGGGGGAUGGGAUGGUGACGGGUGUGUUGGAGGGUAGAGGAGUAUGAGGAGCGUAGACCCCCCGCCCCACCUCAAAACCACAACCGAUGCUGCAACCUCAGGGCUUGGAUCAAUACUAAAUUCUGGAAAAUAAAGUUCUCUCCUCCUCCUCUCCUAACCUUCCUCUCCAUCCCUCUUUCCUUUACCCCUCCUCCCAGUGGGCUUUUGGGCCCUGCACUUACUCAACUCUUGAGGCUGAGGGAUGGACUCUGCUCUCGCCCCAACCAGAACAGAAGAAAUCUGGGUGUUAGGGAGGGGAGAGGAGUGUCACUGCUUAACAAAGGUGGUCAGAACAAAAUGUAUAGAAUGUGGUUUGACUAUAAAAGGGAUUGCAUUUUUAUUCUUUUUUAUAGCAACUUGGGUAUCGGUGAGGAAAUGUUCAAAGUUUGUUUUCAUUUUGUGGACAUUUCUUUCUGACCAGUCUUCCAUAUACAGACGGUUCUACGGUGAUAAGAAGAUAGGCUUGUGUACCAAUAAAAUGUGAGUGUGUGUAUUGAGUGCAUGGACGUUUUGGUUUGUAUGUAUUUACACAAAGAAGGUAGCGAAACCAACCACCUGCUUUAAUUACUUUGUGAUUUGAAUCUUCUUAUCAGACACAUUUCAAUCUUAUCAUUCCAACUCUGUCCUAUUUUGUUCCCAUCUGGUUGAGUGAUCUGGAACUAGAAAUAAGUAUGGAGGUAGCCUAGCGGUUAGAGCGUUGGGCUAGUAACCGAAACGUUGCUGGUUGAAAUACCUGAACCGACAGGGUGAAACAUCUGUCUGUGCCCUUGAGCAAGACACUUAACCCUACUUUUCUCCAGGGGUACUGUACUACUAUGGCUGACCCAGUAAAACAACACAUUUCACUCUACCUAUCCAGUGUAUGGGGCGAUGCAACAGCUAUAUUUAUGUUUAAUUUUUUGUCCUUGCCUCUGUAGAAAGAACCACAUACUGUUCUGGUCUCACAUUGGGAGACAUCUUCACCUCUCUCUCUCUCUCUCUCUCUCUCUCUCUCUCUCUCUCUCUCUCUCUCUCUCUCUACUUUUUUCUGUGUUGCAUUUGUGAGUGAGUCUGGGUGAGAGAAUAGUCUACUCUAUGCAUACAGAUGUACAGUAUGUAUGUAGGAAUUCUGUAGAAUGGUGAAAGCAUGUGUGCUAUUAACUCCUUUAAGAAAACACUGCUUCAAACACACGCACACACACAUACACACACACAGGUUUUAAUAAGAGCCAGUCUGCACACUCCAAGAGAAGAGGGUUUUCUCUAAAUAUAGCUCUUAAUAACCCUGACUGAGUGUGUUGGGCUAGGGAGGGAGGAAGAGAGGAAGAAGGAACGGGGGAAGAGAGAGUGAAUGGACGGCUGAAAGAUGACAGGAUGAAAGCUUUUCAGUUAUCUAAUCUCCUGCUUUAGGGUGUUUUUUCUUCAAUCAAACCCAGGGUAGCUUUCUGGUUGGCCAACUUCACAUCCCCGCUGUAUAUGCCUAUUGUCCAGUAACACUAUGGUGAUCAGAGUAGGGUCAGACCCAGACCACAUAUAGCCAGUUUGAUUAAUGCUGUAAGGUAGCCAACUGACUGAAACUAGAUAUCUGAACUAACUGUCCAAUGACAAACACUAUAGCCCAUGCAUACUGACCAAUAAGAAACCGUCAGCAUUACAGAUCAGUGUUCUAUACAUAACCAGUGACAAAGCACUCCAUUCCUGCUACAGUAUGACUUAUCAAUAGGCCUACUGAUGUAUAGAGCAGCCUAGAGAAGGUCUAGUUAGAUGGUUAGGAGUCUGACCUCUGUGCUUUUUAGUUAUUCAUGUAUUUUCCUCAAGACAGUCUCUGGCUUAAUGUGCUGCAUGGUUUCCUUAGUCAUUUGAAUGUAUUUAACUUUUAAUUAUGUUUCGCUUGGUGAUAGAAGCUCCAUACUGCACAAGCCCAGUGUGCAGCUUCCAAUCAGAUCUCACACACUCCCUCACUGAAUUGUGGGUCUGGCCACUAGUCAUUUUCUUUCUGUCUUUCUCGCUCUCUCUCUCUCUUGAUGAUUAUCAGGCAGGGGUCAUUUUGUGUCGUCUUUCUUUCUCUCUUCUUUGUAAUGUUUGCACUGAAAGGCCUGAUGCCUCUGAAAAGGACUGAGCAGAGUCACUUCCUGUGUCAAACACUCCUUCCACCUGCAGUUGUUGUUAUUUAGAUUUUACUGCUGUUUUCUGCCAGUGACGUCAAGAUUUCUGCUCACAUAUGCAAGCCGAGUGCAUCUGGCUGGUUAUACACAUUCAGGUGCCUUACUCAGUGCCACAUUGAACAAAGUACACACACACACACACACACACACACACACACACACACACUGACAUUUCAACCACCUGGAUGUGUUAUUGCAUGAAAAGGUUUUAUUUUCAGUGGUGAGUUAUUGCCUUGUUCACUGCCACUGAAAAGAAAAGACACACACUAACCUCUUCAGACUGACAUGCCCAUCCUCACAUGCAGAGACACACUCACACACCUUGAGUGACAGCAUGGCUUUGCAUGAAGGAGUGCAUGUGACUUUGAAGGCUGUGUUUUUAUAUUGUUAGAAUUAUGACCAGAAAAAGUUUGAAAAUAUGAGGAGAAAUAUGCUCUUGUGUAUAUCAUUUUAAUGGACAAUGUCAUGAUGAUGAUGAUGAUGGCUAUUUGUUAAAUAUGUUGUUUUUAUCCUCCUUUAUUUAGUCUUUUCUCGUUGAAUUCAUUUUGAUCUAGGUUUGAUUGGCAUCAUGCAUUCAUACAAUGAGCUUUAUUCAUGACUUAUUUUGGGAAAGGGGACAGAGCUUUUUGGGGAGGCGUGAAUUUAAAACUUUGCUAUAGGUUUACAGAUUUAAUAUAUUUAACAUAUCAUGGCUGUAAUAUAUGAUCAUUGCUAUCUAUCAAGUUGCUCUUCCUGCAACUCCUUUUUAGUUUUUGUUGCAUAUUGCUCUUCCAUGUCUGAUUGGUAUUAAAAGGUCCAAUGCUCAGUGUUUUUCCAGCCUUGCAGCAUGUCCCCAACAUUUCUACAUUGUUAUAUAUGUCAUUUGUAUAAUGCAAGUAACACUAUAACACUAGCAGAAUGAGACCCACUCUCUGAAGUAGCAGGAACAUUUAAGGAAUGUUUAAAGCAUUUUUAAAGGACCCAUGGGUGAACCCGUAAUGCCCUGUGGUCCGUAUGACAUCAUCAUUUGACAAGUGCCUACAUCAUCUCAGGCCUCUGCAUGGUAACAGGAGUAGGAUAGGUUCUCUCUGUAAAUUAAUGUGAUAUGUUUAAGGGAUAGUAAUAUCUACCCAUGUCUGCAUUUGAUAGUAGUCAUUCAUAUACACACACACACACACACACACUAAAGACGUACACACACACAGAGGAGGAGGAUAAUGUGUCCGUGCAGUGUGCAAUUAUCCCUAAUCACCACGGCAACUCACCGUUGUCAUUCCCCAAGCUAGCUGAAGGGACCAGUGAAAAUACACACUUUUGAUUUGCUUUAGUUUUCAUUAUUUUGUGUUUCUCUGAAGUCACUCUCCUUAUUUUCCCUGUCCUUUCUUUAUGACAUCUCAUUUGCUACCAGAUAGAUAUAGUAGGGCAGGUACAUAUUUAUUAAUAGGUUAAUCAAAAUAGAAGAAGAAUCUGUGAUUUGUUUUUUAUUAUUUCUAUUUGAAUGAUUAGGUAAUCAACUUGUGCAAUAACGAUUGUUCAUCUCACUUUCUAACCAGAUUUUAAUCUAUGACUUGACAUGAAUGCGAGAACCUUAUUUUUGUAAAGAAAUUGAAAACUGUAAAACAAUAUGUAUGUAUAAGAGGGAAACUAAUGAACGCACAGGUGUGCGUGUAUAGACCUAAGGAAAGAAGGAUGGUGUGUGUGUGUGGGAUGACACACACACACACAAUGUCUGUUUGGUCCCAGGCCAUUUCUGGAUUCUGCUGCUUGUACUGUAGCUGUCUGGCUCGGGACUGUAUGAUGUGUUAUAGGCCCAUUACGACAUUGUCUGGUCAAACCAGACAGAGCUUAACAAGUCCAGUGCUAUUUUUCACAAGAACAAAUAAAACAAUGUUUUGUAUAUCAGGGAUGAAUAAAGAGAUUUUAACAAAUGGCA